AUGGCAAGACACCCGGGAGCGAUUUCUGAACGGACCUGGGCGUGUCGGACCAGUGAGCGGAGGCGGCGGCGCGGCGGCAGCGGCAGAAAGCGCAGCUGCUUUGCUGGAGUCCACGCCCCCUUCCCGCUCCGGUGACAGGCUCAGCGGAAAGUCAAGUUUGUGAUUUCGGUAGACCACAGAGCGGGACGACGGCGCUCUUGCCCGGUCGUUCGGGCCAGGUGACGAAGAAACAGUUUCCCGGUGAAGCAGCCCCUCGCCCCUAGUCAGCCCACACAGCCCUAAGGCCUAAAGAUGCUGAGAUCUGUAUGGAAUUUUCUGAAACGUCACAAAAAGAAAUGCAUCUUCCUGGGCACGGUCCUUGGAGGAGUAUAUAUUCUGGGGAAAUAUGGACAGAAGAAAAUCAGAGAAAUACAGGAAAGGGAGGCUGCGGAAUACAUUGCCCAAGCACGACGACAGUAUCAUUUUGAAAGUAACCAGAGGACUUGCAAUAUGACAGUGCUUUCCAUGCUUCCAACAUUGAGAGAGGCCUUAAUGCAGCAACUGAAUUCCGAGAGCCUCACAGCUCUGCUAAAAAACAGGCCUUCAAACAAGCUGGAAAUAUGGGAGGAUCUGAAGAUAAUAAGUUUCACAAGAAGUAUCGUGGCUGUAUACAGUACCUGUAUGCUGGUUGUUCUUUUGCGAGUCCAAUUAAACAUAAUUGGUGGAUACAUUUACCUGGAUAAUGCAGCAGUUGGCAAAAAUGGCACUACAAUUCUUGCUCCCCCAGAUGUCCAACAGCAAUAUUUAUCAAGUAUUCAACACCUUCUUGGAGAUGGCCUGACAGAAUUGAUCACUGUCAUUAAACAAGCUGUGCAGAAGAUUUUAGGAUGUGUUUCUCUUAAACAUUCUUUGUCCCUUUUGGACUUGGAGCAAAAACUAAAAGAAAUCAGAAAUCUCGUUGAACAGCAUAAGUCUUCUUCUUGGAUUAAUAAAGAUGGAUCCAAAUCUUUAUUAUGCCAUUAUAUGAUGCCAGAUGAAGAAACUCCAUUAGCAGUGCAGGCCUGUGGACUUUCUCCUCGAGACAUUACCACUAUUAAACUUCUCAAUGAAACUAGAGACAUGUUGGAAAGCCCAGAUUUUAGUACAGUUUUGAAUACUUGUUUAAACCGAGGUUUUAGUAGACUUCUAGACAAUAUGGCUGAGUUCUUUCGACCUACUGAACAGGACCUGCAACAUGGUAACUCUAUGAAUAGUCUUUCCAGUGUCAGCCUGCCUUUAGCUAAGAUAAUUCCGAUAGUAAACGGACAGAUCCAUUCAGUUUGCAGUGAAACACCUAGUCAUUUUGUUCAGGAUCUGUUGACAAUGGAGCAAGUGAAAGACUUUGCUGCUAAUGUGUACGAAGCUUUUAGUACCCCUCUGCAACUGGAGAAAUGAUUUUUCCUUCAAGAAAAACUACAGUGCGAUUCAUUUACUUUUUAAAAAACACUGGGUAAAUCACCUAUACCUAGAGUAACAAUUUGUUUUAAAAUGCCUGAUAAAAAUAUAUUCUUAAUAAAAGUCUUCAUUUCAUAAUGAAAUCAA